AUGUUAUCUAGACACAAAUUAUUUGCGGUUAUCCAAAAGAGGUGUAUAUACUGGCCUCCAAAACCUGCAAAUCGCUCUAAAAUAAUAGAGCUUCCUUCUGGUAAAAGAUUCUUUGUAUUUCUAUGCAAACGAGAUGUAGAUGGUAAACUUGAACCUGCAGUAGUUUUUACAGACAGUUUUGGAAACAAAUUGGCAACAUUUAACACCGAGGAAGUUUAUCAGCUUAAACAGCUUAUUCCUAGGUUGGAAACUUAUUUCAAGUUGUAUGAGAAAAAAUCCCGGUGA